CCGCUUGGACUUCAGUUCGGUCUAAGUCGGGUGGAGCCUAUGAGGGCUUGAAGAGAAGAAAGGAUUUACUCAACAGCUAAGCAGUUUAUAGAAUCACCGCUACGACAACGUGGUUAUUAAUUUAGACUGUAAAAUGACGACGACCACCACUUACCAGGGGAUGGACCCAAGUGCGAAAAAUAGUUCCAGGGUACUGCGGCCCCCCGGCGGAGCCUCGAACAUAUCCUUCGGCACAGACGAGGAGAAGCCACCGGCUCGUAAGAACAGAACCGCCUCCAACAUCUUUGCGGAGCCAGAUGACCCCCACGCUCAUCGACGGAACAACCCACCCGGCGGGAAGCCCACGGGGGUGCUGUGUGGAGAGCCGUCCGCCCCCCUGAGACGAUGCCACCACGCUGCCAACCAGAACAACUCUGUGCCUGAGGAGGCCUCCGCUGGGGACGGAGAGGCGGAGCCGUCCAGCGCUGCAUGCGAAGAGGAGGUGCCGGAGGAGGUCCCGGAACAGAAGGAGGAGGUGCCACAGCCCUCGGCCCCCACAGUACCCGCCGGGGCCCCCGCGGGCCGGAGGAACCCCCCCGGGGGCAAGUCCAGCCUGAUCCUGGGUUGAAGUAGCCUCUUUCUCCGCGAACUCUUUCAUCAUUAUUUUUGAAAAAAAAAAAAAAAGAACCCCCCAUCCCCCUCUUUUUUUCUCUCUUUUACUUUGCAGCUUUUUUUUUUUUUUUUUACACACACCCCCUUCCCCCCAAUCCCCCCUCAAAAAACAAUAUGGCGACAGAAGCACUUUAUGUAUCUGCUACAUUUCAGCUCCUCCUGUAGAGAAUCGGCCUACUGACUAAGGCAUGAGACACAGCUCCACUUUCACCCCCCCCGCCCCCCAUGUAAAAACGGUAAAAAAAAAAUAAAAAAAAGAUUUGAUGCGUGAAUUUCUAAGUACAAUAAAGAUUGAUAUGAA